ACCCACCCUCCCUGCCUCCCUGUCUCACGCUGUUCAGUGAUCAUGGCGGACAGUGCGAGUGAGAGUGAUACGGACGGUGCGGGCAGCAGCAGUUCUUCUGCAGCCCCUCAGUGCCCGUCCUCGUCUUCCACCAAGCCGGGCAUCGUGAUUUCUCCCUUUCGCCUGGAGGAGCUGACGAACCGCCUGGCGUCCCUGCAGCAGGAGAACAAAGUGCUGAAAAUCGAGCUGGAAACGUUCAAGCUGAAGUGCAAAGCGCUGCAGGAGGAGAACCGCGACCUGCGCAAAGCCAGCGUCACCAUCCAAGCGAGGGCAGAACAAGAAGAGGAGUUCAUCAGUAACACGCUGUUCAAGAAGAUCCAGGCUCUGCAGAAGGAGAAAGAAACACUAGCUGUCAAUUAUGAAAAAGAAGAAGAAUUCCUCACCAACGAGCUGUCUCGAAAACUUAUGCAACUACAACAUGAGAAAGCUGAGCUGGAGCAGCACUUGGAGCAGGAGCAGGAGUUCCAAGUUAAUAAACUGAUGAAGAAGAUCAAGAAGCUGGAGAAUGACACCAUCUCCAAACAGCUCACCUUAGAACAGCUCAGGAGAGAGAAGAUUGACUUGGAAAACACAUUGGAGCAAGAGCAAGAAGCACUGGUCAACCGACUGUGGAAGCGAAUGGACAAGCUGGAAGCUGAGAAAAGGAUUCUUCAGGAGAAGCUCGACCAGCCCGUCUCCGCUCCUCCUUCCCCCAGGGACAUCUCUAUGGAGAUUGACUCUCCGGAGAACAUGAUGAGACACAUCCGCUUCCUAAAGAGUGAGGUGGAGAGGCUGAAGAAGAACCUGCGCACUGCCGAACUGCAGCACACAGAGAAGCGGGCCCAGUACAUUGAGGAGGAGCGGAUCAUGCGGGAGGAAAACAUUCGAUUGCAGAGGAAGCUGCAGCGGGAGGUGGAGCGGCGUGAGGCUCUAUGCCGGCAGCUCUCGGAGAGUGAGUCCAGCCUGGAGAUGGACGAUGAGAGGUACUUCAAUGAAAUGUCAGCCCAAGGCCUUCGGCCCCGUACUGUGUCCAGCCCAAUCCCUUACACGCCUUCCCCGAGCUCCAGCAGACCAAUAUCACCAGGACUCUCAUACGCCAGUCACACAGUGGGUUUUACUCCACCGGCCACACUGACCCGGGCAGGCAUGUCCUACUACAAUACGCCGGGCCUGCACGUGCAUGUGGGGGGCUCACAUGGCAUCGCAAGACCAUCCCCGAGAAGAAGCAACAGUCCAGACAAGUUCAAGCGUCCAACGCCCCCUCCUUCACCCAACACGCAGGCCGGAGUGCAGCCUGGGCCACCUCCCCCUCCGCCCCCAGUGCAGGCAGUACCAUCGCAGCAGCCACAGCAUGCAAUGCAGCAGUCCUCGCAGCCAUAGAGCAAGAGUUGCUGCACAACCAUUGGAAUGGACUCAGACCAGAGCUACUGUAUUACCACCAAGCCAAAGGCUUAACUAUCCUAUGUACAUGGAGUUGACAUCUUUCUCUUGCACUGAGAAUCAUAUAGGCUUCACUGUUAUUCUGUAUUGUGUUCAUGGUUUUGUUGGUCGUUUUGUUUUCGAAUGCAGUUCAGCGGUCUCGUGGCAUCAAUCGCAACACUAAACCUGCUUGGUUUUUUUUCGUUAUGCUAGAACUUGUUUUUUUUGAGAGCACAGGGUCUCAUUUAAAAAAAAAAAAGGGAACAAGUUGAUCCAUUACACCCCAGAUCUGAAAUGGGAGAGGUUUUAGCUGGCCUACAGCAUGUGCCUGUGUAUGAACCGCUUUCUGUGUGAGCCCUGCAUCUGCUUUGCUUACGGACAGGUAGAUUAACACAAGGUACUUGUAAGGAGGAGGAGAGAUGCUCGAUGAAAACAUCUGCAGUGACUUUCACUUUUUUUUCAUAUACGAGUCUUCUAACGUUAACGUACUAGACGGGGCAGCCGGUGGGGAGCUGCUGAAAAUUGCAGUUAAGUGCACCAUAUGGGUUGGUGUAGAGUGCAGCUAAUGGCCUUUAAGGGAUGCAGAGGAGCAAUGGCGUUGAUUUGGCAACCGUUGCCCCCACGUCACUCUUUGCGCACUUGCUCAAAUGGCAGAUUAGACGGAGGCUCGUGGCAACAGAGCCUGUUGCAAUUAUGCCUCGUGGAAAAAACCCACUCACGCAGGAAUAUGCAUUUGUUACCUGCUUCAAGCGCAUGCGUUAAAUGCAGCAGGUGCCCCAGCCUGGCUUUUUUGGCUAUGGGUGUGAAAGCAUCCUUAUUCGCUCAAAGGGAGAGAGAAUGGUUUACUUAAGUGCUGCUGUUUGUGUAUUGCACAAUUUGUGUGCAGCCGUCUGACUGUAGUCCUGUGGACGCUUUGUAAUAGAAACGUUUGUUGCUUUCGGUGUCGCUGCACACGUUUGAUUGAAAUGACUUGGUCUAGAUAAAAAGAGGAAGAGAGGUGCAAGACUAGUACGUUGGUUCUUGUUCCCAAUUCACCGCCACGUCUUUCCCUAAACAGUAUCUGUAACUGGUACCACUGUGACCCCCCCUCCUCCCUCCUUCUCCCCCAGAAUGUGUUCUGUAUAACAUUACAUUUGCAUUUACAGCAUUUAGCAGACGCUGUUAUUCAGUGCUUUGUUGUCUACUCAGAGAAAGUAUCUUUGCUAGUUACACAUAGGUUAGAAAGCCAAUCCUGAGCUCAGAUAUCGCUGGAAACAAAAGCCCAUGUUGAUACCUAGAGAAAAAGAAGCCGAAUUAAACAAGGUGCAAUACAUUAUAUUUCCAUAAGUGCAGCACAUUACAAUAAAAUACUUAUAAAUAACAAAUAUAACACAGUGUGGAUUGACUUUGAAAAAUUUCAAAGAUUUGUGCUGCAUAUCUCCUCAAGGCAUCAGCUCGCUGAGAGAAAGUGUAAAUAGACAUAUCUUCGUUUUGUAAGAUUUGCAAAAUGCCCUUUUUGAAAUGUUUCACAUUGUGUCCAUGACUAGUUUGUGUUGUGUGAUCUUGUCUUAGACCUUCUUGUCCAUGGGUGGCAUUAGUUUUGACUUGUUUUUACGAUUUAUUCCACCUUACCAAAUGCCUGUCAGUUAAUGCAGCUAAAAUGCAGAACAAGAUACACAGCACUUACUGUAUAUUGUGGAAAAUGCUAAUUUAUUACAAAAAAAAAAAGACAAAAGAUCAAAAGAACAUCUGCUAAAUAAAGAUACAAUAACUGGUACUAAGCGGUUCCAUUGUAGUUAAGGCACAGAUGUUUAGAGCGAUUCUAUGUUCCAAAGGACGCUGUUGGUGGUGUUACGCUUCUGGAGCGUUGCUACGCCACCACCAUCUUCGCCCCUGCUGUGUUCACUAUGAAACGCAGCGUGGCGUUAGGACAACUGUCUCGAAACAAAGUGUGUUUGCAGUUCAUAGGUGUAUUUUUUCUUUUCUUUUCCCUCGUGAAUGAUUCCUCAUAAUACCCUGGAAACCAGGGAUGAUUUUUCUAUUUGUUGUUUUUAUUCAUUUCAAUGUAAAUAUUCUUUUUAUUGUGGGGAAAAAAAGUAAUUUUACCACAAUGUGUUCAAAUACAUUUCAGUUUUGUGUUCAAGAUUUUCCAGAACUCAGAUUCCGUUGUUUUUUUUUUCUCCCAUUGUUUUCUUUUCAGGACUGUUGACAAAUGAAUGUAACGUAUGUGUUUAACUGCUAUCUUUAAUGGAUGGAACACCUUUGAGCCUUAACUCACUGUGGUAUUGCUAAAUGUAAGCAUUAUCUAGCUUAUCCCCACAUCAAAUAAUUAAAGCCUUAAUAUGUGGUACCA